AUGCGGGUUGAGCGUUUUUUUUUUUUUGAAAUUACGGGUUUUUUCCUUCUUUUUCCUGGUAACAGUGAGUUACAUCAAAUUCACAAGAUCCACAAUAUGAUUGAUACUCCGCCUUUUGAGGUAUUAAAUAAACUGAAGAGGUUUGGAACGCACAUUGGCUUUGAAUUUUCGCAGAAGCGGGGGAGUGGAAUUGCGGAACUGCUGCCAAAUGCUUCACCUGAGGUCCUCGAUUUGUUGACGAAUCGGUUGACAUACGAUGAAGAGCAUCGGGAAACAGCACAUGAGCCGUUACGUCACCCUUAUUGUAAGACUUUGAGAGAGAAGGCUCAGAAAGCUAGACGUUUGUGA